GGGUCUUUUUGUGAAACGGGUAGGGAAAAAACUUAAGCGACAUAUAAGUCGUAGCUGGGUUUUAAGUUAGUCAAUGGCAUAAAAAUAAAAUGUAUAAAAUAAAUACUAUUGUCUUAUCCUCGUUCGUAAGAGGGGCAUGUCAGCAGCUUCUCGAGCCUUUAUCCGGAAAAACAACAGGAGGAAAUGUCUUGCGCACACUAUACUUAAGUUCUGUCCGAUUACAAGAAACUGAAGCUCAAUCGCAAGAACAUACAUCGACUGCAACUUCUUCAAAAAGCACCAAAGAGUUCAGUUUUUAUCCUCCCUUUCCAGGCCAGGACAGUGGUUUGAGAUGGGGUGGCAAAAAGUUUGAAGAAUUACCAAUAGUUCACAUAAAAGCCACCUAUAACAACACUCACAUCCAGGUGACGGACAGUGAGGGUCAGUCCAUGGCCAGAAACUCGUGUGGGACAGAGGGCUUCCGUAAUAUUAAAAAGUCUACUCCUAUUGCAGCCCAGACCACUGGCAUCUCGGCUGCUGCGAAGGCACAGGCGAAGGGGGUGACGUUUGUGCGCGUCCUUGUGAAAGGACUUGGUCCAGGGCGCUUGUCUGCAAUUAAAGGGUUAACCAUGGGAGGACUAGAGAUUGUGUCCAUCACUGAUAACACGCCGGUUCCACACAAUGGCUGUCGGCCUCGUAAAGCUCGGAGGAUGUAAACCCCAGUAAUCCAGUCCGUCUGUGCCGAAAGCAUCAACAGCUGAGCCUGCAGUCUGAGCGGAGGAGCUGAACACAUUGCUCAUUUCCUUUGCACAGUAUGACGUAUCACACUUCAUGUAACUAUAAGGGGUACAUUGUUAGAUUUUUUUUGUGGCUUCUUUGUUGUUGUUUUUUUUUUCUUCUUUUUUUGUAACAUAUUAAACCAAUGAAAUUAAAGAGUUAACUUUGUCG